ACUUACAUUUCACUAGAAUUUUUAUAAUCUCCAUGUCGUACGCUAUGCCUUCAUCUUUCCAACUUCCACAUCAUUCUAGCAAAAUUCCCCUUUGGCCUUCCCCGAAUCUCAAACAUGGGAAGCCUAUUUUCUGUUCAACCAACACAACAUCAUUCCCAACGAAAACCUCCAAGGAGAAAACAUUUGAAGAAACAUGUAACAAAACCAAGACAACGAGUCCACCUUCGUUACCACAAUCAAUAUUCUCCCAUGUCUCAACCAUGUCCAAAAACCUCUUCCUUAACACCUUAAACAUCAUUGAUCCACCCCUUCACCCUUCAAUCGAUCCAAAUCUUGUCUUUACUGGAAACUUUGCGCCGGUAAGCGAGCUUGAUCCCACGGAUUGUCAAGUUAUCGAAGGCGAGCUUCCACUCUCUCUAAAUGGAGUUUACAUCCGAAAUGGCCCAAAUCCACAACUUCAACCUCGUCGUGCUCUCCAUUUAUUUGAUGGGGAUGGCAUGCUUCACUCUUUACGAUUGUCCAAUGGCAAUGCAACUUACUGUAGCCGCUAUGUCAAGACUUACAAAUAUAUGCUGGAGCAAGAUGCUGGCUUUCCAAUUAUUCCUAAUUUUUUCUCUGGUUUCUAUGGUCUCGUGGAUGUUAUCCGAUUCCUUAUGGAUAUAGGAAAGGUCCUCACAGGGCAUAUAGAUCUCAUGAAAGGGUUUGGAGUGGCUAAUACUAGCAUUGCCUUCUUUUCAAAUAAACUCCUUGCUUUGACUGAUUCUGAUUUACCUUACCUUAUUAAUGUGACUCAAACGGGUGAUAUUGAGACCUUAGGGCGUUGGGAAUUCACCAAAAAGCUGCUUGCAAACAUGAGUGCACAUCCCAAAGUUGACAUAGAAACUAAGGAAACAUUUGCUUUUACAACAAGCCUUACUUUCCCUCACCUUUCCUUCUUUCGUUUUGAUUCAAAUGGUGUAAAACAAAAAGAAGUACCCAUUUCUUCUGUGCGUAAACCAACUUUCCUUCAUGACCUUGCUAUAACCAAGACGUUUGCAAUUUUUUGUGAGACGCAAUUAGGACUUGCACCAGCAAAAGUCGUAAUGGGACGGGGAGCUCUAGUAGAUUACAAACGAGACAAAGUUACAAGAAUUGGGAUUAUUCCAAGGUAUUCAACGGAUGACUCAGAUAUGGAAUGGUUCCAAGUCCCAAACUUCAAUGCAAUUCAUAUCUUUAACGCAUGGGAAAGUGGAGAAGACGAAAUAGUUCUCGUGGCAUCUAACGUUAUAUCUAUAGAAAACAUCUAUGAUAGAACUUGCGACAUCAAAUUGGAGAAAGUGAAAAUCAACAUGAGAACCGGCCAAGUCUCACGAAAUAUUCUUUCCCCAAGAAAUUUAGAAUUUGGAUCCAUAAAUCCUUGUUAUGUAGGAAAGAAAAGCCGGUUUGCUUAUAUGGGAGUCUUCGAAGAAAUCCCGAAAAUGUUAGGUGUGGUGAAGAUUGACUUGGAAACAGGGUGUGAAGUAGGCAAAAGAUUUUAUGGGCAUGGUUGCUUUGGAGGGGAGCCAUUAUUUGUGACAAAAGAUAGAGAAAAUAAUUUUGACUCUGAUGACGAAGAAGAUGAAGGAUAUGUAAUGAGUUAUGUGCACAAUGAGGAGACUGGCGAGUCAAAGUUCUUGGUAAUGGACGCCAAAUCACCAGAACUCAACAUUGUGGCAGCGGUUAAGCUGCCUAGGCGGGUGCCGUAUGGCUUUCAUGGGCUGUUUUUGAGCAAGCAGGACCUCUUGCAUUUUUAGCUUAGGAAUUAGGAUAAAUAUAUGACCCGUGCAAUGCAUGGGUUAGUGUUAUCAAUUUUAAUAUGUGUACACAUAUAAAUUAGCGCUUUUACGUAUUUAUAUAUGUCUUCAAAAUUUAUGAUAUA